AUGCGGUCGGCGGAGCAGCGAUGCGGCAGCGGUUCAGCGGCCCACGCGCCGGCAUCAAUUAAAACAACACUUCGCCCUCAAGACGACACUUCACGCAGCACCGGAGGCACCGAGACGAGUGAGGAUGCUAUUCCUGAACGAAUGACUGCCAGACAGAGCCGAGAGGAGUGCAGGCAUGAGGAGACGACGACUGGCAGGCCAGUGAUUGGUCAAUCUGCCUCGCCUCGCCUCGUGGACUCGCCGCCUUUAACUGGUCGAUACGCAGGCCUUGAAACCGCACUAUCUACCGUAUGCCCAGGCCACCUCUGUCCCGUUGUCUGUCCUUUGCUCCUGUUCGUGCCGUCUGUGCCGGCGUGUGUAUGUGUGCGCCUCGGAGGGCUGACGGAAGGCAGCGCUGUGAAGCUGGUCUUCCUCUUAGCCAUUCACGGGCAGGGUCACGUGUACACAACGCGCCAGGUUGACCAGUCAUGA